CUAGAGCCCGUGUCCGCGCUUCGCGCGGAUUACAUGUUUAAUUAAAGAACAGUUUAAUUAAAAUUAGGAGUUUUGAAGUUUCUUAAAGUGUAAGUUAAGUUUUGUUUCUUUUAUAAUGCGAAGACGUUGGAAGCGGUGAUCAUUUUUUUUAUAAACUAAAGUAAGUUUGAAUAAUAAAUUAUGUUGAUGAAUUUAAUAUUCGUAAGAGAAAAUAGUUUUGGAGUGUGCCUAUUUAAUUGAUAUAGAAAGCUGUAACGUAAAUUUUAAAAAAGUUGACUGGUGUCAUUUGCUAUGAGGCUUAGGAUAUCAAUUUAUUCCUCUUUUGGAAGCGUUGUAUGAUAUCAAUAUCGUUGUCAAAGUAGAAGCGCGAUCCAUGUGUGGUUGUGAGUGAUAGUUUCUCUGAAAAAGUGAAAUAUUUGUAAGCAUUUAGUUUGACAUAAACUUUAUGUUUAGUUUAUUACCUUCAUGUAACCGUAGAAUGAUACUUGUGAUGAUUACGAUUUGGUUUUUUCUGGUAGAUAUGCGAUUUAACUCCCUGAAAUUAGACGUCUCCUUGUCCCAUAAAGUUAAACGUACCAGUUUGGAUCUACAAAUUUUUAUUGUAUUAUAUUUCAAAUUUUUUAUAUUUUCUAUAUAUCUAGGGUAUUAGGGUCAUUUUGGGCAUUUUGCUACAUAUCAUCUCUACAAUUAAAAAAAUAAACAUGAGACGGAUAAUUUUAUUUAGUGUUGGUAAUAUCUUAUGCAUCAUCUAUAAAAUAAAUAUAUAUUCAUAUAUAACAUUCCAGAUUUAGUAAUAUUAUUAUUUUUAUAUAAUUAUACAAUUUGUAUUACUAAAGCUUUUAAAAAUAUGCAAUUUUUAAACAUCUAAAUAUCUAAUCGUAUGAUAUUUAGUUUCUUAUAUAUCUACAAAAUUUUAAAAAUAUUGUUUAGGCCAAAUGUUUGAUAAUUAUACAAUUUUAUAUCAUUUUUAUUAGUUUUAUACAAUUUGAUAUAAUAUAUAUCAAAUCUAUAUUAAAUUUUAUUAAGAUAAUAGUAAAAUCUAUAACAUUUAAUAAAAUUUAUUUUUAAAUAUAAGUUAGAACAACACUAAGAACCUCAAUUGAAAUAGCAUAAUAAUGGGAUGCGUGAGAAGCUUUGUGAUUCAACACGCCUCCGGUCACUGUGGCAAAAGACUAAACAAAAGCAUGUAAUUUCAUAAAAUAGAAUGAGCUUCUUAGUUUCUUGGUAUCAUAUACCGUAAAUGGAUAUUGGGCUGACUUCAGUAUUGACUGGGAUUCAAAUAAAUUGUUUGGGCUUCGUAAUUGACAUGGAUAUCAGCGCAGUCUGAGAUGAGCUGGUAGAUUGAUUGGCCAUGAAUUUUCUGCCUAUGUGGUACACUUUAAAAUCCCCCAAAAUAGUUCCUUUUAUAUAGUAGGAUUUUUCCCUAAGCUCUCCUCCUCUAAGCAUCCCAUUAAUGAUGCUCUAAGUUCUGGUUCAAGUACAGUAUAUCAAAAUAAAACGUGUUGUGUAACCAAAACAUAAUGAAAAAGAUACAUAUUCAUAAAAAUGAUUGGAUUUGUUACAAAAAAAUUGUAGUUUUCAAAUUCCAUUCUCUCUCGAUUUUAUAUAAUAAGUGUCAUUUUUUUCUUGUUACACAAAAAAUAUUAUUUUAGAAUUUCAAUACAAAUUAUACUUAUUUUCAACUGAAAAUUAAUUACAAACUGCAUUAAUUUUAUAAAUUUUAUUUAUCUAAAAUACUAUUGGUCAAAGAUGUAUAGUUAAUAACAAUUUAAUUAUAUUUCAAUCAUUUUUUUAAUGUGUGAAAAAUGUCUUUUUUUUGGGACAACGUGUGAAAAAUGUCAAAAUGACAUUUACUAAGAAACGGAGGGAGUAGUAUACGAGUGUGUAAACUGUAAACGAUCAUUUGAAAAGAAGAGAAAAUAUACUGUGUAAGUGUGAAACAUAUCAUAUUCUAGACUGUUUUUUGUGAAGUAUGUGUGUGUUUUUAAGAUACACCACAAACUAUAUAAUCUUUUCAUAGCAGUUUUGUAAUUAUAAGAUACAUAUAUUUACUACUGUGUUGUCGGAUCCUGAAAAGCAGAUAUGCAUCUUUAUUUAGAAAAUUGAUUAUGGAGACAAUCGUGUGAGAUGAAUCUUACCGUGUGGGGAUAUUGCAGAAAGUAUAAAGAGUCGUAAGUUUCGUGCACAGAAGAACCGAUCAAAGGACAAGUUUGUUGUAUAUAACCUUCCCCCUUUUAUUUCUCCUAUUGACCAAACUAACUUUAUCUCGCCGUUAUUACCGCCUCUCAAAUGCUGCAUGCAUGCUUCUGAUUAAUCAUCACAUUAACAACUCUUGUUAUCUUCCUCCCCUCUCUCUCUCUCUCUCUCUCUCUCUCUCUCUCUCUUUCUUUAUUUCUGUAAAAGAAAUGAUUAUUGGACAUUUAAGGAAGAAACAUACGACGUGUUGUCAACUGGAUUAUUGAUCAGAGGAAGUAAUAUCGCAUUUACAGUCACAAAAAGAAAAGAUGAGGAGCGUAGUGCUUGUUGCUUUGGCUGCUGCUAUAGGGAACAUGUUGCAGGGCUGGGACAAUGCCACCAUUGCAGGAGCUGUGAUUUACAUUAAAAAAGAGUUUCAUUUGGAGAAAGAACCAAAGAUAGAGGGACUAAUCGUAGCCAUGUCUCUCAUCGGAGCCACUAUGAUCACAACUUUCUCUGGUCCGGUCUCUGACCGAGUCGGACGCCGUUCCAUGCUUAUACUCUCCUCUCUUCUCUAUUUCCUAAGCAGCAUCGUCAUGUUUUGGUCUCCAAAUGUAUACGUUCUCCUUUUCGCAAGGCUUCUUGAUGGUUUUGGUAUCGGUCUAGCCGUCACUCUCGUCCCCAUUUACAUCUCUGAGACCGCACCUUCUGAGAUCAGAGGUUUGCUCAAUACUUUCCCUCAGUUCUGUGGAUCUGGUGGCAUGUUUUUGUCCUAUUGCCUUGUCUUUGGAAUGUCCCUUCAAGAAUCUCCGAGCUGGAGGCUCAUGCUCGGUGUUCUGUCUAUUCCGUCGAUUCUCUACUUUGUACUUGCGGCUUUCUUCUUGCCUGAGUCUCCAAGGUGGCUUGUCAGCAAAGGCCGUAUGGAAGAAGCUAGACAGGUUCUUCAGAGACUUCGUGACAGAGAAGAUGUCUCUGGUGAGCUUGCUCUGCUGGUUGAAGGGCUUGGGGUAGGAAAAGACACGUCCAUAGAAGAAUAUGUGAUUGGUCCGGACGACGACGAGGAAACCGAGACCGGACAAGAACUGCCGAGGAAAGAUCAGAUAAAGCUAUACGGUCCAGAGGAUGGACAGUCAUGGAUGGCUAAGCCAGUGAAAGGACAGAGCUCUCUAGCAUUAGCGUCGCGACAUGGAAGCAUGUUAACGCGCGGAGGAUCCAUGAUGGACCCAGUUGUCACUCUCUUUGGUAGCAUUCAUGAGAAACUUCCUUAUGAGAACAUGAACGCUUCAUCAUCUCGCAGCAUGGUCUUUCCAAAUAUGGGAAGUAUACUUGGACUUAUGGGAAGGCAGGAGUCUCAGUGGGAUCCGGAGAGGAACAGUGAUGACAGCUCUGAACAAGAUGAAAGCCUAAACAGUCCUUUGCUUUCUCCGCAAGCCACUGAGACGGAUGAGUUCAACCAGCAACCCGCUGGGACCAUGCACAGGCGACAGAGCAGCCUGUUUAUGGCUAACAUGGGUGAGAAGGCAACAGCUACAAGCAUAGGCGGUGGAUGGCAGUUGGCAUGGAAGUACAACGAAAAGGUUGGUGCAGAUGGUAAGAGGGUAAACGGAGGGUUGCAGAGAAUGUACAUUCACGAGGAAACUGCCAACAACAACCACGCCAGCAACAUGGGGUUUUCGAGACGUGGAUCGCUUCUCUCCUUCCAGACAGAAGCUGAUGUUCCAGCUCAGGAGAAUGGAUACGUUCAGGCUUCUGCACUUGUAAGCCAAGCUUCGAUGAUACCUGGAAUUAAAGGAGAGACUGCAAUGUUGCCACAAGAGAUUAAGGCUGGUCCUGGCUGGAGGGAGCUGAAGGAACCUGGUGUGAAGAGGGCGUUGAUAGUUGGAGUUGGGCUUCAGAUACUACAACAGUUUGCAGGAAUAAAUGGAGUAAUGUAUUAUACACCACAAAUACUGGAAGAAACAGGUGUGUCAAGUCUUUUGACAAACCUUGGCAUAAGUGCAGAGUCUGCAUCUCUCCUCAUAAGCUCCUUAACUACACUCUUCAUGCUUCCAUGCAUUCUUGUUUCCAUGAGGUUAAUGGAUGUAUCUGGAAGAAGGUCUCUGAUGCUUUCUACAAUCCCCAUUCUAAUACUAUCACUGAUAACGCUGGUGAUAGGAAGCUUGGUGAAGCUUGGAGGCACAGCAAACGCAUUGAUAUCGACCGCUAGCGUUAUGGUUUACUUAAGCUGUUUCGUGAUGGGUUUUGGAGCCAUUCCAAACAUCCUAUGUUCAGAGAUCUUCCCUACCUCUGUGCGUGGCCUUUGCAUCACCAUCUGUGCACUCACUUUCUGGAUAUGUGACAUCAUUGUCACUUACACUCUUCCUGUCAUGCUGAAAUCUCUAGGCCUAGCUGGUGUUUUUGGGAUCUAUGCAUUUGUUUGUGCAGUAGCGUGGGUUUUCGUGUACCUCAAGGUACCGGAGACAAAGGGAAUGCCACUUGAAGUUAUCUCUGAGUUCUUCUCUGUUGGUGCAAAACAUCAAGACGCUUCAGCUUCGUUUCUCUCUGAUGAUGACUGACUUGUCUUUUCUUUGUUGCCUUUCUCAAGUUUUCUUGCUGUAUUUUGAACAAGUUAAUUAAUAACAAACCAUACCAUAGAGGCCUUCUUGGAUUUGUGAUUCUGUAGCUGCAAAUUGGGAGAUCUUUUCCCUUUUGGAAUUAUGAGAUGAGAACCAUAGUUUUUAUACUUUCUGUUGUACAUCUUC